GGCCAAUGGGGAGCGAGGGCGCGCUCGUUCGUUUCGGAAGGCAGGAGAGUUGGAGCGCGGCUCGAGAGCGGCGGUUGGAAAAUGGAUCGAAACGAGAUCUACUACUCGGAUCGGUACAACGACGGCGAGUUCGAGUACCGUCACGUCAUGCUGCCCAAGAAGAUUGCAAAGCUGGUGCCCAAGACUCACCUGAUGUCGGAGACUGAGUGGAGGAACCUCGGGGUGCAGCAGAGUCCGGGCUGGAUUCACUACAUGAUCCAUGAGCCAGGUAACACCGUCGAUAACUCCCUCCCCCUUGAACUGCAAGAGGCGGAUUUCCCAAAGCCAGCACUUCCCAGACUGUCACUACCCCUUAUCAGGGGUUGCCUUAUCAGGAGAUAGAAUGAGCUCUCAGUU